AUGUUUAAUGAUGAUCAAAAUACAAAUAAUUACUAUCAAUCGAAGCUAGGGAUAGAUAGACCUGCCGUUGAUUUUAGUUCAUCAGUUUGCAAUUUUUUGAAAAAUGAUAUAUACAAGAGACAGUUCGAAAGGAAGCUGUAUGUCAAUCACCCAAUUUACUUUAGAAGAAUAAAACCAUUAUUUUGUUAUAGUAAUAUGAUUGAUAGAUAUGAUGGUGUACUAACACAUUUGGCAUAUUCUUGUUUAAAUAAAAGUAAAGGGAUGAUUGUAAGUUUGAAAUGGUUUAAUGAUGGUAAGAGAUUAUUAACAGGAACACAAUUAAGUGAGCUAGCCAUAUGGAAUGGAUGUUAUUUUAACUUUGAAGAUAUGAAAAGAAUACCAAUAGGUGGUGGUGCAGUAUCUUGUUUAGAAUGGUCUAAAAAUGAUAAUUUAUUUGCAGGAAAUUCAUUAGGUCAAAUUGUUAUUUUAUCUUCUGCUUUAAAUUUAUUAGAUAAUUAUGCAUUUGAAGGAUUAACAAAAAGUGUAUUAGACAUAAGUUUAUCCUGUUGUAAUACGAAAUUAGCUGGAUGUGCUGAUACUUGCAAUCCUAUUAUUUGGGAUAUAAAAACAAGAAAAAUUAUAAAAAAUUUAAAAUGUAAAAAUAUAGAUACUAAUAAUACUAGUUGCUUAGCAUGGAAUCCUAUUAAUGAUAUCGUAGCUAGUGGUAAUAGAACACAGACCAUAUCUCUUUGGGAUAUAAGAAUUAAUAAACCUAUUACAUCUAUUAAUGCACAUAAAGCAAAUGUAAAUAAGGUCAAAUGGAAUUAUAAUGGCUUAUAUUUACUAAGCUGUAGUAAAGAUAGUUUAAUCAAAUUAUGGGAUAUUAGAAACUUUAAAUUAUUAUAUUCUUAUAAAAAUGAUCAAAUUUAUGGCAGUACUACUACUGUAACUACUAGUGGUGGUAGAUUUAACCUAAAUUAUGAACCUACCUAUAUUGCAUGGAAUCCCAUUCAAAAUCAUAUUUUUGUAAGUUCGGACAAUAAGGGAAAUAUUAAAUUUUAUAGCACAAAUGAUAAUAAAUGUAUUCAAACCAUUGCUUCAGCUCAUGGUAUUGAUAAACCUUGUUCUAUAUCCCUAUUAGACUGGAAUCCUUUAGGGCAUUUACUUACCUCAUUUGGAGAUGAUAAAUUAUUGAAAUUCUGGUCUGCAUCUAGUUGUGAUUCUAUUAUUGCGAAAGAAAUAGAUGCAAAACCUUUAAUAAGCCUUAAUAAUAGUGGAUCUUUUCCUAAUUCUAGAUAUAUCAAUGAUCAAAGUAUAUUAGAUGUUAGCAGUAAUCAAUCUAUUUUUGACUCAGAAGAAGAGAGUUACAAACCUUGUAAAAUGAACAACAACUACUACAAAAAGGUUAGCACAAGGGGAAAAAGGAAAAAAAAAAAAAAACAAUAA